AUGACGCAGGAAUCCAGAUCGAAGUCAGCUUUGUGGGGGGGCACACCGCAGUACGACUAUAUCAGCUUUGAGAAAUGCACCCGUUACGGGAUACCCUUGGAGGCGGGACGCGAGGCCGGGGGGACAGGGGACGACCUGCACUACCUGGAGAACUCCCUCAGCCACCCACAGCUUUAUGGACAAUACACAGACCAGAUAACUGACUUUGCUGAGAAGGAAGCAGCAAAACUACUGAAUACAAAGCAGGCCCAAAAGAACAACGAAAGACCCCUGAAACGUGAGAGUCAAGUAGAGAUAAAAGAAGAACGCUAUUCCAAAUGCCAAGACUGCGUUAGACGCAUCCAGAAAUAUGUCACCAGGAAACUUGGAGAGGACUGGAUUUUCUUGGUUUUGUUGGGUUUGGUCAUGGCAUUGGUGAGCUGGGGAAUGGAUUAUGCCAGUGCGAAGAGCCUACAGGCCUACAAGUGGAUGUACAGGGAGCUGCAUCCGAAUAUUCCUUUGCAGUAUCUGGUGUGGGUAGCAUACCCACUUGUUCUCAUACUGUUUGCAGCCAUCUUCUGCCACCUCGUCUCUCCACAGGCUGUUGGGUCUGGGAUCCCAGAGCUCAAGACAAUUAUGAGGGGAGUGGUCCUCAAGGAAUAUCUCACUCUCCAAGCAUUUGUGGCCAAAGUUGUGGGCCUCACAGCAGGGCUUGGAAGUGGCAUGCCUGUAGGGAAAGAGGGUCCUUUCGUGCAUAUUGCCAGUAUCUGUGCAGCAGUACUCAGCAAGUUUAUGUCUAUUUUCUGUGGUGUAUACGAGCAGCCGUACUAUUACACGGAUGUCCUGACUGUGGGUUGUGCUGUGGGUGUUGGCUGCUGCUUUGGGACACCACUUGGAGGGGUCCUUUUCAGCAUUGAAGUCACUUCCACUUACUUUGCUGUGCGUAAUUAUUGGAGAGGUUUCUUUGCAGCUACCUUUAGUGCCUUCAUUUUCCGAGUCCUUGCUGUGUGGAACAAGGAUGCAGUUACCAUCACAGCACUAUUCAGAACUAACUUUCGCAUGGAUUUCCCCUUUGAUCUGCAAGAGCUGCCAGCAUUUGCUGUAAUAGGGAUAUGUUCAGGAUUCCUUGGAGCAUUUUUUGUUUAUCUCAAUCGCCAAGUGGUCCUGUGCAUCCGGCGUCUUACAGCUCUAAGCCAGUUUCUCACCAAGUACUUCCUCAUAUACCCUGGAUUCAUAACCUUCUUUAUAGCAUCUGUGACCUUCCCUCCAGGGUUUGGGCAGUUCAUGGCAGGAGAGUUGAUGCCACGGGAAGCCAUCAGCUCUCUCUUUGAUAACUACACCUGGGCAAAAUACACAGGAGACCCUCAGAUCCUAGGAAAAUCUGCUGCCUGGAUCCACCCCAAAGUCAGUGUCUUCAUCAUCAUCCUACUAUUCUUUCUCAUGAAGUUCUGGAUGUCUGUCAUCGCUACCACGAUGCCAAUCCCCUGUGGAGGCUUCAUGCCUGUUUUUGUUCUAGGUGCUGCAUUUGGACGUCUUAUUGGAGAAAUCAUGGCAUCUCUCUUUCCAGAUGGGAUCCUCUUUGAUGGUAUUGUUUACAAAAUCUUACCUGGAGGGUAUGCUGUCAUUGGUGCAGCAGCUCUGACAGGAGCAGUGAGCCACACUGUGUCCACUGCGGUGAUCUGCUUUGAGCUGACAGGUCAAAUUUCCCACAUCCUGCCUAUGAUGGUAGCUGUCAUUCUUGCCAACAUGGUGGCCCAGAGUCUGCAACCCAGCCUCUAUGAUAGCAUCAUCCAGGUGAAGAAGUUGCCCUACCUGCCAGAUCUGGGCUGGAAUCAUAUAAGCAAAUACAAUAUCUUUGUUGAAGACAUUAUGGUCCAAGACGUGAAGUUUGUCUCCUCCAACUGUAAAUAUCGAGACUUGCAAACUCUCCUCCAAAGCACCACUGUUAAGACUUUGCCUUUGGUGGACUCACCAGAGACCAUGAUCCUUCUAGGGUCUGUAGAGCGAUCCGAUCUGCAGGCACUCCUCCAGAGACACAUCAGCCCAGAACGGCGACGGUACCUCAACAGACAAAUGCAGCAGAAGCUGGCUGAGGCACCUUAUGAUGGACACAGCAAGGGAUCAGGAGCAACCCUGCCAAAGCUGAAGCAUGAAUCUUUCGUUUAUGUUGAUGAGGAUGAUGAUACAGAUGAGAAGGCAGAGCAGCCUCAGCCACCAAGCCCCUCUCCUAGUCACCCAGAGGAGCCCAAUGGCCCAACAAAUCCUCUUAAACAAACGCCUGAAAUUUUGGAGCCACGGCAAUUCUCAGACAGUUUCCGGAAUUUGAGGCAACUGUUCCAGCAGCUCUUGUGCCCUUACAACCGUCGACCUGAAACACAGAGUGCUGUCCAGGAGCCAGUGGAAGUCAUUGAGACAAUGACACCAGAAGAGAUAGAUGCUUGGGAACAGGAGGAGCUGGAAAAGGAUGUGUGCUUUGAAUGCUGCCGCAUAGACCCUUCCCCUUUCCAACUGGUGGAGAGAACCUCCCUGCACAAGACACAUACAUUGUUUUCAUUACUGGGCCUCAGCCAUGCCUACGUAACCAGUAUGGGGAAGCUGAAGGGAGUGCUGGCUUUGGAAGAGCUUCAAAAGGCAAUAGAGGGCUCCACACGCUCUGGAGUUCGCCUCCGCCCUCCCCUUGCCAGUUUCCGUGACACAAACAGGACUUCAAUCAGCGGUGAAAAGGUCAGCCAGGGUGCUCAGGUGUGGAGCCAGCAGGACAACAGCACGGUGGCAGCGCAGCAAGCAGCAGACUUGGGGACAAAGAGCACACUGCCUCUCUACUCACACUCUCCACAGCCCUCUCAUUUACAUGAUGAAGGGGAAGGCCUGUGUUCCAAUUAUGCCACCGAUACCGAGUUGGAAGAGAUGGAGCUGGCAGGACCAGUUAAUGAAAACAUCUCAGACAUCCUGAAGGACAUCAGCCUACACACCACUGAUCUGGAUGAAGAUGAGGAUGAAGAUGUCCCCUUAUAGGUGGUGUGAGGGCAUAGCCCAUCGUGUUGAGCCAGUCUUGCGUACGCUCCUCACAGCUUUUGGAUGCUCUUUGUAAACCCCAUAGAGAAUUGAUUCAGCUGGGGGAAGGAACAUAGGACUUAACCUUUUUUUCUGCUGCUUUAUAUACAAAUACCACUUGGGUUAUUGAGCUGUGUACAGGAGUCAGAUGUAGUCUGCAAGGUGACUAAGGGCAGGCUCAUAAUGUUAAAGGCCUCUGCUUUCACUUGUGGUGAGCAAGCAUCUACAUAACAUGUCAGAAAGGAUCAUAAGAGGACACGAAUAUUACUGGACAUAAUCAGGAUGCCCUCAGUCAAUCUGCCAUAUGGAAAGUGGAGGGGUUGCAAAUCUUCUCCACUAGUGUCAUCCUUAUUGUCACACCUGAUAUGAAUGCACCAGUGCAAACCAGACCUCCAGCCAAGAAGCAUACUGCUACUUCUGUCUGCAGUCCUGUCUAUGUUGUUCCUUUUGGCUAGCUCUUAACUUGCACACCCCAAAACAUUCCCAUCUAGAACAUUUUUCCUCUUUCUUAAUUUUUACUCUGGGAUCUUCCUGGGUGGAACUGCAGUUAGAUGUUUCUCCACUCACCUUUAGCAGAGCCAUACCCUAAAAUCAGGUGGAAGGAAAAUACUUGGUCUACAUCUUGGGUCUUGAAUUCAGCCAGGGCUCAAAGAAAAGCACUGAAAGUGAGGAAAGCCUCUGUCUUCCCAUCUCUAGAAUUUUUAAAUAGAAUGUGAAAAUCAUAAACGGCGGUAUCCUCUGUUGGAGUGAGAGGAGUAAAACAUCAUGUACGCACCUAUAUUUCAACAACUGUCUCUCAAAACAACUGCUGGAAUUUUUACAAAGUUAUAGUCUUAAAAUACAAGAACUUAAAACUAAAAAAAAAAACUAAAAUAAAAAUGGAGUGCCAAGAAAUACAGGAGAGGGAAGUCACAUUUUCUAUGCUUUGGAAACAGGUUCAUCAAUAAAACUCCUGCUCUUUUUCCUGAUAAUUCUACUCUAUUUAUUUUCCACAUAUUUCUGCAUAUAAUAGAUCAGAGAAUUCUAGGUCCCACUUUUCCCCGUGUCUCCACUGUGACUGGAAGUAGAGACUACAGUCCUUGUCUACAGCAUCCCUCUAUUCCAGAUGUAGAUCUGGAGGAGAUCUUGAUCUGUAUCUUGCAAAGAGAUAUCUCAUAACUUAAUGUCAUGGAUGCAAAACCUUAGUAUCCAAGGGUAAGAUGUUGCUUUAACUCACUGUCCUCUUGGGUUAUUCUCAGUAAACAUACAGAAUUUGAUUUGGCCUAUUCUGCAGCUUUUCUCUGACAUUCUCCUUCUCUUUCUAUCAUACUUUCAGUGUGUCAAAACACUUAGAUGUGAUCCCAAGUAGGCUAUUGAGUGUGUUUUCACUUAUUGGCAAUACAGAAAAAAAUUCAGGGUUUGAGAACAUAUUCUUGGGAAUAUUCUCCUGGAUUUUGAGCCACAUCCCCUUCCUUGAUAUUUAUAAAGCAUUAUCUGACUUAGAAUGACCAGUUUCACCUCAAUGGAUGGUUUUCAAUAAGCUGUUUCAAAAGUAAGUUAAAAAGACAGUUACCUUGAACCUAGUCUCCCUAGGAAAAUUCCCUUCUGACUUUAAUUCCAAGGACUGACUUUGUACUAAUUCACUCUUCUGAUACUCAUGGAUGGAGAAGUCUGGUAGAGUGAAAUCUCUCAGAGUUUCUUGGAGAGGGAGAGAUUUGCUUUUGUUCUCUGAACUCAAGAGCUCAAUAGCCUACUUUGUAUUCUUUUACAUGAUUCCUCUGUGCUACCUAGGGACAGCCUUUCUUUGUCUGAAGUGAUCUUCACUCCUUUGAGGGCCACUCUGUCCUUGAGAGAAGCCAGUAGCAAUAUGAAGGCAAGUCUUUCACUCACACCAGCUGCCUGCCUCCACCUGAGGUUUGGGGCACAUUUCUGACAGCCAGGCAUUAGAAAACAGCCUGUAGUUGCUACUUUCGUGCCACCUUCCCCUCUUUGCAAAGAAGAGACAAUACAACUGCCAUUUUUCCCAGGUAACUGUGAUAAACCUUGGUAUAAGCAGAGGAGAAAUAACAUUCCUUUCAAAUAUCCAUAAACGCACAGUGAGUAGUAAUAUUCUGAGACCAAUUAUGACCUGAAGGUUGUUCACACAUCCUCAGGAAGGACAAGUUGCUCUGAUUCAGCCCCUACCAGCAAGUACAGAUUUGGUUUUACCACAUUUUGCUUAGCAAAACAACUGCACUGAGAUAAGAUGGAGAAAUUUAGAGGCUGAUGUCAGUGCAGCUCUGCCGCUUCUAGUUUGAAUACAGAUACAUGUUUUGCUCCAGUCCCCCACUUCUCCUGUAGUGUAUUAACAGAAGAACAUGGGUUUGACUGGAUGGGAGAGCAGAUGGAAUCUAAAUCAGAGUCAGAGAGUGCAUGAGUCAUGACAGACAGGUUGUGAGCUGGGGGAGAUGAAGCUAGAACAAAAAACGAUGCACAUGGAAGGGCUUGGAAAGCUCACAAUAAGAAACAAGCUAACCUGAAAAGUUUCGUGAGGUCUUACAUGAGGGUACAAGGGCAUAUACACGCAUGCCCGCACAUACACACACAUGCAUCUCUCUUCCUGUUACUCUUAGCUGUCUCAGAGUAACUUUGAUGAACUGGACUGCUCUCUGUGGGGAAGCAGAAAGCAGUAAGGUACAUGUUAUUACUGCUGCUCUGUGGAGACAUCGCUUAAGAUCCAUUCCAGGUAUGUCCCACCCUUUGAGCAGAAGCAGUAUUCAUCCAUGUCAUUUUCUCAUCUGAGAAAAAUUAUGCAUACAUGAAUAUGGAGCCAGGAGGAAACAAAAAAACAUACUGCAAAGAUGACCUGUGAUUUCUGACAAUGUUUCCUCUUCCAUUUUUACUAUAAUAAAAUCUUCUCUGAGUUGAUGCCCAGUAUUUUAGUAGGUGUGAGAUAUCCAGUUAGCUGACACUGAACUUUUGUCAAGAAAAUUCUACAUCUGCACCCUCUUGGGUAAUCCCAGUACACUCCUCCGAAGUUUAAACUUGAAACUUCUGUCCUACAUACAAAGCAUCAUUGAUCAGUCACUAUAAUACCUGUAUCUCUCAUCCUGUCAAAGUCUGACAGAACACACAGAAAUAAUUUUUCUCCCAAAUAAAAUUGUCCUGAAAAUUUGUUUCAUCAAUGAGACCCUCCUCUUCAUUGAAAAAAUCAAAUCUCAAAAAUCCAAGUUCAAGCAAGCCUUGAGAAACAAGAAGCUCUGAAGCUGUUUUGAACAACAGAAGCUUGCUUUUCUCCUAGAUAAUCUGUGCAGUUGCUUAGAAUUACUUAUUUUGGGCAAAGUUUUGUGUCACACCAAGCUUGCCAUUAUCACUCAAAGUGCUGAAACAGAGUUCAUCUUGUUCAGCAUUUUCAACUCCAAGCACAUGCUGAACUACAUUUGGUACCCAACAUAUAAGGAAAUACUCUGAGAAGAACAUGAUAGUUAAAAAUCUCCAUCAAAGCAGACAUUUUUAGGUAAUCACCACCACACACACACAUACAAAAAGCCAUAAAAAAUCACCCUUUUGCCUUGUAUUCUCAAGAAAAAUGGAAUCCUACUCUCAUCUAAUUGCCAGCUUACUGUUUUUCAGUUAAUGAGUGCAUGAAUAUAUGAAAUUCUAAUCUACCAAAACUUGGAAGUCUUCCUUUUAUGUGGCAUUUAAAUUUGAAAGCAGAAGUCUUUUUUUUAAAGUCAUAUGUAAGUUAAAAAUAAAGAAGGCAAGACUAAUAUGACAAUGGAUAAGGCUUUGGGUAGUUAUGACAAGGACAAACACACACAUACACACACACACAAAUAUCACAGAAUCACAAAAUCGUAUGAGUUGGAAGGGACCUCUGGGGAUCAUCAAGUCCAACCUCUCCACUAAAGUAGGUUUCUAGAAUAUGUUGCAUAGAAAAAUGUCCAGGCAGAUGCUGAAUAUCUCCAGAGAAGGAGAUUGCACAACCACUAUGGGCAGCCUGAUUCAGUGCUCUAUUACCCUCACAGUAAAGAAAGCCUUCCUCGUAUUUGUAUGGAACUCCCUGUGUUGUAGUUUUUGCCCAUUGCCCUUGUCCUGUCACUUAACACAACUGAAAAGAGCCCAGGCCAAUGAGAUCCUGAUCUUUAGGUAUUUAUAAGCAGUAAUGAGAUCCCUUCAGUCUUCUCCAGGCUGAAGAGUCCCAUGUCUUCUAGCCUUUCUUCAUAUGGGAGAUGUUCCAGCCAUCUCUGUGACCAUCUACUGGACCUCUGCGGAGCCCAGAACUGGACACAGUACUCCAGAUGUGGCCUCACCAAGGCAGAGUAGAGGGGGACCAUAACCUCCCUCAACCUGCUGGCCACUCUUGUGAUGCACCCCAGAAUACUAUUGGCCUUCUUGGCCACAACAGCACACUGCUGGCUCGUCACUCCAUCACCCUUUCCAAAUCAUGCGUUUGCAGUAGCAGACAGGUCUAUAAUUGGGUUGCCUGUGUUAUGAGCCAAAUCUCUCCCCUUCAGCUUGUUGGAAGUCCUGAUGCAGCCUCAUUGUGCUAGAGACAAUACUGUGAAUAUUCACUGGGAUUAGCACAACUAAUGAAACCAGUCUUAGACAAACCUACUACUAGUUUGAGCACUGGGCUUUCAGAUGUGCUUUUGCUAAUAUCCAAGCAGUUUUGGUGCUGCCUGUGGAAACUUCUUGUGCUCCACAGUAAAACUAGUUACUGAGACACAUCCAGCCAACUUAAAAGACUGGACCUGACAUACAGAACAAAAGAUGCAGAGGAAAAGUCCAGUAGCAAAUUUUUAAAAUAAACCACUUAGAGGAAAUGCUUGUAGUGCAUCUACAUGAAUUGCUUGCUUUAUACAAGCUACAAUCUAAAAGCUGUUAAUAUCUGGCUAUUCAGUGAAUAGUUACAUAUUUAUUUUAAAGGACAGAUGAUAAAAUACAAGACCUACUUAAAUGGUGGUCAGAAUUAAAGUCACACAAGCUCAAGUUAGAAACUUCACAAUUAUUCUGCAUAGCAAGAAACGGAAAAUACAGCAAUGAGAAGCUUAUGAGAAAUACAGCUGUGAAAAAAAAAAAAUUCCUUUUCCCACCCUCAGAUUUCUAUUGUGCAUUUAAACAAAUAGGCUUUGGGAAAAGAAAACAAAGAAAAAAGUAAAGAAAAAAAAGGGGGAGGGGGGGGAGAGGGGAAGGUUGUGAAGGUUGUGGAAUGGUUGGAUUAUGACCAAAUUUGUCACAUAAUUGGAUUUAUUUAAACUGAAAAACUAAAACAAACAAAAAAACCAUCUGGCAGCUUGGAGCCAUGCCCACUACCCUGGGGGGCCUGUUCCAGGGCCCGGCCACCCUCUGGUGAAGAACCUUUCCUAACUCCCCAUCUGCCCUCCCCUGACACAGCUCCAUGCCGUUCCCUCGGGC